GCCUAUCAGGGUAGAGGUGCCCGAUGCCAUAAACUGGGAAUUAAUCGUGUCUUUAAAUCGCUACAACACGUGCGUGCACUGCACGAUGCACGCAAAAAAGACAUAUCAGACUUGUGGACCGAGCGUUUGUCCAUUGCCAGUGAGCAGUGCGGUCUUCCUAGCGUUGCAGUACUACGAGAAGGUCUGGGGCAGUGUAAUAUCGCACUGAAUAGCAACAUGCUACAAAUCCUAGCCGUAUACGAACCGAAAACGUUUGCUGCACUGGCGGAUAUUGCGAAGCAAUACCAUGUCGAAAAGGGUGUACGCCUCCCAAAUCCUCAAACCCGUAGUCAAGUGAUCACCCGUGGAAUGCUCCACUCGCCCAUUGUACCUGGAAAUAAACAUCUUUAUGAUUAG